AAAAAACUCUGUAGAAACAACCCGGAGGCUAUUUAUACGACGUGGCGCGGUACAAUUGUAUCACAAUGGCUGCACAUCUGUGCUCCCAACCGAUAUUUAUAAAAACUUGAGUGCAUGAAAGUCAAAGAAAACCAGAACAGAUUCGGGAAGGGAGGAGGGGCAGAAACGGAGAGAUGGGGUUUUGUUGUGAUUGCUUCGGUGGAGGAAGCAAGCAGCAGGCGCUCGAGGAAGACAGGUUGGCCUCUUCAGAAGCUCGAGCUAAAGCUGCCGAAGCCGCUCAAAGGAGAAAAGAGCAAUUUGAACAGUCUGCUGCUGGAAGAGCUGCACGUGCACAGAUAGCAGCAACUGCCAAGCAAUCUGCACACUCUAAUAAAGGCGAGCCAGUUCUUAAGUGGCAGAUGGGAUGACUUUUAACUUUUCAUCUUCAACUACAAGUUUAUAUUCUAGUCUCUGCUGUUCUGGAAGCAAAGAGUAGAGUUCUCCAGUGCUCUUCAUCAGUUGGAACUUGCUCUGUGAGCUCAGUUAUCAUAUAAAUAAAACUGAAAAAUAUGUUUCUAGUGUAGCUAUAUACAUGCUUGUUAAUAAAUUUCUUCUUUUAUUAUUAUUAUUUUUUUAAAAUGUAGCUAUAUGUUUGUUCCUUCUCUAGUGUUUAAUGAAGCUGAUUUCUCUUC